CGCACGGUAAUUGUGUGGUAGUCGACUCAUUACCUACUGUGGAGAAGGCAGCAGCAUCACGACCCCGUUCGUUCGUUCGCAUUGUCUCUCUCUUGUUUGCGGUCUGCCCUCGACGAUCUCCACAACUGAAUUGAGAGAUUUUCCGCCGGUGGUUGUUAAUCCGUCAAUCGGAACCGGUUUUGCGGCGAUCGCGUGUCCAACGAGCGGCCACUUCAAACGACCGACUGACGAACGAUCACUAUCAGAAUAAAAUGAAAAUUUGAAGUUACAAUGGAGGUUCUUCUGGUUCUUCAACUGGUUCUUUUCUUUGGGUUAAGCCGUUGUGAAGAUUGCUCAAAGGGAUUCUCUGUAGUGGUUCCAAAAGUAGCUGUGCCAGGAAAAACUACGGCCGUUUUCGUAACCCUUCAGGGUGAAUCAAUUACCACCGAAAGGCCCUUCAACAUUACCCUGCGACUGACUCAAAAUCAAUCUGAAGACGGAGGCGGAAGAUCUAUAGAAGCGACGCAAACUAUCACAAAUCGUGGAAUAUUUCCCCUCGAAAUUCCGAGCGAAGCUUCCGGAAGUUAUGUAUUGCACACAUUCUUGAAUUGCACGACGACAAAUGUGUCCUCAUCCUCUACUUGUCCAUUACAAUCUGCUUCGAACCUCAAGAUUGUCAGUCCAACUAGGGCAGUCAUUAUUCGUCCGGCCAAACGAGCAUACAAACCCGAGGAAGUUGUGAUUUUCUGGGUACUAGCCCUUGAUCACGACCUCCAAAUAGCUUCCGACGUGGUUGGUGAAAUAAGUGUGAAAGAUCCUGCAGGAUCGAAAGUAGCCCUUUGGGGCCAAGUGCCAUUAGACGAAGGUUCGAUUCCCGGCAAAGGAGUGGCUACAGUAACAAUUUUCCUCAUUAAUGUGAGGUUAUCUCUAAUGUGGAAAGUUAAGUCAAAAAUUAAUUCACCAACUUUGAAUUAA